AUGUCCCGGCGGCGUUCGGAGCGCCUGCAGUGCUCGCCCUCAGCCAAUGGCCGCGCCCCUCUACGGAAUGCUGCCCGGGCCUGCCAGCAACAGCUGCGGCCGUCUCGUGACUCGCCCUGCGCGCCCCCCGCCACGUCCGCGUGCGGCGCCCCCUGGCGGGGCUGGGCGGCGGCGCUGCAAGGUGGGACCCCGGCGGCUCUCCCUGGGCGGCGGGACUGGCCCUCAGGGACCCCCGGCACCGCCGGCCGUGCUUCUCCCGGCACCGGCUGCCGCGGGACCCCUAGAACCGACCCCGACAGUGCCUUCAGCUCGGGGCUCUCCCUGCGCGGGCGCCGUGUAAGGGCCGUGGCGCCGCCCUGGCCGCAGAGCGGGGCGCGGCGUUGGGGGCCGUUCGUGCGCCGCUGUGGGCAGAGAGAGAAAAAGAGCCUCGGUGUUUGCGGGAAACGCGGAGCAGCGAUCCGUAUCCAAGCCGGGGCGCGGGGGAGCGUGUGUAGCACCCAGGUUUCAUGUCAUCUUGACAUAGCUGGGGCCAAUGAUGAAAUCUUUAAUGACCUGCACAGGGCUUGGAUUUUAUCCUUGAGUGAUCACAGACUGUUGAUCUGCCCUUCUCUCCAAGGAAUGAGUAGUGGCAAGUCUCCUGAAAAGGAUCAACAUUUUUUAAAUUGUGCAAAUAUGUGUGCUGGCAGGUGGCUAGCAAACGUGUUUAAGCAUGCAACCGGAACUUUUAUAAACUUUUAAUAAAAGCAUAUGGAGCAUUCUGUAGUGACUGAGGCAAGUUUUCCCCACAUCCUGCCCAGAGAUGGAGGUCUUUUCUAGUCUGAAGAUACAGGAAAUAGCCAAGCCAGUUCCUCCAGAUCCUUUCACAGCAAUGCAACUGAACAAUUUAUUCAGAGAGUUAUGGGAGCCCAUCUGCACUUGUAUCAAAAGCAUGUUUUUAUAUGCAUCUAAAUUUUCUAAUGUUCUCUUUCCUUGGAGGAUGGACAGAAAGGCUCAAAGUGGGCACCAACUUUCUUUCUUUACUGUUCAACCAAUCAAACUCUCUUCCCCUGUUUUAAUUUUUGAUUUCCUCCUUUGCGAGGAAGAUUCCUUGCAUUCCUGUAUGAAUCCCUCUCUCAUGCCUCAGAGGUUCUCUGUUUGUAAUAAAUAAGAGGAGAAGGAGAAAAACUCCUUAUUCCACAUUAAAAUGUAGUGAAUUAAUGAUUUUUGAUUAUGCUAAUAAAUAUUUCCAAUUAUUUCAAUCCAA